UUUUAUUCAUACAUCUGCAUGCAAUAAAACACCACCUGUGCGUUUGUGUACGGAGGACAUUUUUCUCUGUAUUUAGGAACGCCUGGACAACAGCAUUUCCAUUUCUCAGUUCAGAAUGAGCGAUGCUUCUUUAAUGGUCUCUGAUCAGGUACUUAAAGCUCCUCAGGAGGGAGGGGACAACACAAGGGUCCACCUUGGCUUCACGUGAACGCGCGUCGGCCCUGUUUUGUUUGGAGCUCCGGUCGUCGAGAAGGGUGCGGCCCAGGGGUGGAAUUUCACUUCCUGUGUUUCUCAGGUGAGUCACUCGUGUUACGCCGUGCGUUUUUGUAGAGGUUUGUCGACAGCGGAGUUUCAGAGUCGGUGAGAUUAGUGGGUGAAACCUCACCGGAUUCGUCGUAUUAAGUCUGGAUGAGCACCAGGAAGUCUUAAUUCAGUUCCCUCUUACUUAAGGGAGAAUUUUUUGCGGAGUUCGGGACUUUUUUUUGGUUUGUUUGCGGCCUGUGUGUUGCUUCCCUGAUCUUGGACUGACUGGACUUCUUUAUUCGGUCUUGUAGUUGACGGUGCCAGCAGGUGUUUUCUGGGUUUGAUUUGGGGGCUGAAGAUGAUGGGUGGGUUAGGUGGAGCGCUCCUGCUCCUGCUCCUCAGCGCGCAUUGCGCCACCGGACAGGAGUUCGGCGGCCAGUGCGCCGGACACUUCCAAAGGGGCAAGGACGACUUCGUCCUGGACGCCGACGGCUCCGUGAAAGACGGGGCCACGUUCAUCUCCGCGCCCAAGCUGGACCGGUACAAGGACUGCGUGGUGACCUGCUGCAAGCAGCCGCGCUGCAACGUGGCCCUGAUGGAGCGGGGCGAAGAGGAGGGCGCCAUCGCCUCCUGCUUUCUGUUCGACUGCCUGUACAAGAAGAAAUACGUCUGCCGCUUCGUCAGGAAGAAGGGAUACAUCAACUACAUGCUGGACGCGGUUUAUGAGAGAUAUCGUGACAUGGAUGUCAUCAAAAUUGAGGCGGACAGUCCGCCGGUGGCCAACGGAGGCCUGGACCGGGUCAUCCAGCCUCACGACAGCGUGACUCUGAACGGCCUCCACAGCACCGACGACAAAGGGAUUGUGUCCUUCAAGUGGCAGAGCCUUGACGAUUAUCCUCACCUUGUCAUGGAGGAAACCACCUUUCCCGAUGAGGUCAUCGUCUCAAAUCUGUCAUCCGGGAUGUACAAGUUCCAGCUGACCGUCACGGACACCAUUGGUCAGUCGGACACGACCAAAGUCUCUAUCCUGGUCCUCACCCCCGAGCAAUCUGAUCAUCACUGUAUGGCUCCGAUGAAAAUUGGGCCGUGCCGUGGCUCUUUCCCCCGCUGGCAUUACAACGCUGCCUCUAAGAAGUGCGAGAAGUUCACGUUCGGGGGCUGCAAAGAGAAUCUCAACAACUACGUGGAGAAGGUUGAGUGUGAGAACGCCUGCUCCGGCUCAGGGAAAGAGGGUGUCAGCGGUAGAGGUUUACCUCUUCCUACAGACAUUGGGGAAACGUGCGGCACGCCGUGCACCCCGGAUCAGUUCAGCUGUGCCAACGGCUGCUGCCUGGAUCCAGCUCUGGAGUGUGACUCCACCCCUCAGUGCAGCGACGGAUCGGACGAGCAGAAAUGCGAAGAACUGAACAACAGGUUUCGGAUUCUGCUGGAGAUCCCAGUGGAUGAACAAAAAGUGCGCUGCACGGAGCCCCCCGAGACAGGAAACUGCAGAUUUACCAACCCGAAGUGGUACUACGACCCCUACAUACAGGACUGUGUCCGCUUCAACUACGGCGGCUGCGCCGGAAACGAGAACCGAUUCGACGAUCAGGCCACUUGCAAAAAGUUUUGUCGCGGGGUGACGGAAAAGGAUGUGUUUAAAAGAAAGGAAGAAUAUGAAAAGUCUGUAUCUGAUGAUGCGACAGGUAAUAUCGUGAUAGCCGCCGUCCUGUGCGUGGCCAUCCUCGUCAUGCUGGGCGUCCUGGGGUACUGCCUGGUGAAGCGGAAGAAGUCCUCCCAACACCAGCGCGUGCCGGUCAGCAGCGCACCCACCACCAUGCUGGAGGACAGAGAGCAUCUGGUCUACAACAGCACCACCAAGCCCAUAUGACCCCCCCCCCCCCCCCCGUGUCGUAGUACGGUGCUGGAGGAGAUGCUUCUCACUUUGUCCAUAUAUGGAUGUGUAUUUUUUUAAAGUGCAACGAAUGCAGGAAGUCUUCACUGACUAAAUGCUUUUUUUAUUUUCUUUUUCUGGUUGUGGCUGUGGCCUGUCGAAACAAGUUGGUGGAUGAUAGUUUGUGCUCAGGUUAGAGGGGAAGGACUGCCGUUAAUGUGGCAGUAAUUAGUUGUCGGACUGUAUCUUUUCUUCUUGUUUUUUUUUUUUAAUCGCCUAACUCCCUUUUUGGAUUAUCAGUGAUCUGUGAACUGCCUUUUUUCAAAGAGCUUUCAUCGGGACAUAGGUACAUAUGAACCUGUUUAAAAAUAUGUUGUAUUUUAUUUUUCUCACAGCCAAGAUAGUGGAUGAGUGACAUCAAGCUGAUCCCUUUUGACAUUUUGAGAUUCCCUCAGGUUUAUUUCACAUUACCUUUUUAGACUUUUGUUACAUACUCCUUUGUAUUUCAUUAAAAUGUACAUAAGAAUUUCAGAAAAUGAUAUUUUUAUUGGAACUUAUUUUGAGAGUAGUCAUAUUCUUAAACAAGUAUCAUAACAUGAUUGAUUAUUAACCUAUGUUGUCUAAUAUUACGUUUUAAACUCCAGAUGUGUUUGUAUAAAAUGCCUGAUUUAGUCUCCAUAAGUUGUUGCUGUGUUGUGAUGUUCAUAAUGAAUAAAGAUAUGAACCCUUUAA